CCCGCAGACGGCGGCGGCGGCGGCGAGCGGAGGACAUGGCGCGGGGCCGGCGCGGGCCCGGCUGAGCCGCCGCUGCCCGCUGCCCGCGGGGCCGGCGGAGCGGGCGGCCCGGGGCGCUGCCCCGGCGCGGCCGCCGCCCCCAUGAGUGACUGAGGAGCCGCCGCGGCGGCCGUCGAUGCCUCGCCGGGGAGCCGGGUGCCUGCGCCAUGAACCCCGAGAUGGCGAUGGAGCCGCUGGGCAGCCUGCACGGGGCGGCGGGCCAUGAGCCGGAGCUGAUGGGCAGCCCCAGCCCCCACCACGGCGGGCGCGGCGCCGGGCCGCUCCGGGUGCCCCCGCCGCACCAGGAGCUGGCCCCCGCCGCCGCCCGGCCGGCCAUGGUGUCCAGCAUGGCCUCGCUGCUGGACGGCGCCGCCGAGUACCGGCCCGAGCUCUCCAUCCCGCUGCACCACGCCAUGAGCAUGCCCUGCGAGUCCUCGCCGCCCGGCAUGGGCAUGAGCAGCACCUACACCACCCUGACGCCACUCCAGCCCCUGCCGCCCAUCUCCACCGUCUCCGACAAGUUCCACCACCCGCACGCCCACCCGCACGCCCACCACCACCACCAGCGCCUCUCGGGCAACGUCAGCGGCAGCUUCGCCCUCAUGCGGGACGAGCGCGGGCUGCCUGCCGUCAACAACCUCUACGGGCCCUACAAGGAGAUGCCGGGCAUGGGGCAGAGCCUCUCGCCGCUGGGCAACGGGCUGGGCCCCCUCCACAACGCCCAGCAGGGCCUCCACGGCUACGGGCCGCCCGGCCACGACAAGAUGCUGAGCCCCAACUUCGACGCCCACGCGGCCAUGCUGGCCCGGGGGGAGCAGCACCUGUCCCGGGGGCUGGGGACGCCCCCCGCCAUGAUGCCCCAUCUGAACGGCAUGCACCACCCCGCGCACCCGGGCCACCCGCCGCCUCACGGGCCCGCCCUGCCCGCCGGCCGGGAGCGGCCGCCCUCCUCCUCCUCCGGCUCGCAGGUGAGCAGCUCGGGGCAGCUGGAGGAGAUCAACACCAAAGAAGUGGCACAAAGGAUCACGGCGGAGCUGAAGCGCUACAGCAUCCCGCAGGCCAUCUUCGCCCAGCGGGUGCUGUGUCGCUCUCAGGGGACCCUCUCGGACUUGCUGCGCAACCCUAAGCCUUGGAGUAAACUCAAGUCUGGCCGGGAGACCUUCCGGAGGAUGUGGAAGUGGCUGCAGGAGCCGGAGUUCCAGAGGAUGUCGGCCCUGCGGCUGGCAGCGCCUCCUGGCUGUCCAAUAUUAUCAACCAAAUGAAGGUCCCGAGGUUUGUCUGCAAUAGGAGCAUCAGAGGAACGGAAAGGUUGUGGGUUUUUUCUGUUUUGCUGGAGCAUACGGUGAUGUCGCCUUCUCAAACAAACGUGUAUCUAGAGGGAAAUCGAUGCAGAUAAUGUUUAGAAGAUUAAAAGAGCAUUAAUGCUGGCAACAGGAGCAUAAACGUGUGGACCCAGUUUUCAUUGAUCUGGAACCUGAGCCGGCUCAUUUCCAGUAAUGCUGCUGGUGCUUUUCCUUCCCAGCACCAGUCCUGAGUGGGGGGUUCCCCACGGAGCCCUGCAUAUAGGGCAGAAAGUCAGAAAUCGCAUCUACGCAUCUGCUGGGUGACCGCUUCCUGGGUGUGUAAAUGCAAUUUCUGAAUUUCUGCCGUACACGUAUAUAUGCAUAUAUAAUUCUAGAUCUCCACUUUCCCAGUUCCCCCUGAAUGCUUUUGCAUCCAGGAGUAAAGUUUGGAGAGAGCUCGGUGGCAAAGUGGGCAUGGGUUUCCUGUGGAGCGGAAGCUGGAGUGGGAAAGACCUUUGCAAAUUACCAUUCCCUUUGGGAAAUCGAUUUUUGUUAUUAUGAUUACCACGUGUGAAUAUGCAGCCUCAUUGCCUCUGUGCUUCCUGCCUCCUCUUUACUCUCCUGCUUAAAUCCCUCUGAGCAAGGGGAACAAACUGCAAGUAUUUGAGAUUUCUGAAAAACACUAGCCUUUUGCCCCGUGCUCCUGUGUUUUGUUUGGGGUUUGUUUGUUUGGGUUUUUAAUCAAACGGCCGAAAAUGGGCUGUCCUUUGAGGGGAAUCCCCCCUCUCCCCGUGGGAGCUGCGGCAGUGGGGUGUGCUUAGUAUUUCUUAAUAUUAUAGAAGAUAUAUAAUUCUAUUCUAUUUUCUGUGCUUAUUAUCUCUUCUUAGGGUUCUUUAAAAGCCCCCUAAGCGUUGGGCGGUGCUCGGCCGUUUCUGAGCGGGCAGGGAGGCAGCUGCGGGCAGAGCUGCGGGCGGCUCCUGGUGCGAACGAGCAGUUCGGUGCGUGCUUUGGGGCUCCCAGGGUAAAACGUCGGGUUUGCCUGGCGUCCGGGUGAGGCCGCGGCCGGCUGCGGCCCUGCUGGCGGUCCCUGAGUGUGCGAGCCCCGCUGUCCCGGCUGAGUCCCCGUUCGCCGGGCGGUGCGGGCAGCGGGCAGGUCCAGCUGCGGCUCAGGCCGAGCUCGGAGCCCGGCCGGGUUGCUGCAGAGCGCGGGACCUCGGGGCGUUAUCAGCGCUUCCCCGGUGGGUGAACACGGGAGAAGGCCGCUGAAGGAGCUCCGUGCCGUGUCGCCCCGCAGGCCAGCGGGCUCGGGCGGGUCCGAGGUGCCGGUGUGCGGUGGUGGUCCCGCUGUCCCGAGCGGGGCAGAGCCGAGCCCUCGCUGUCCCCGUCCCGUGGAACCCGCCGAACCGCCGCAGCCGCGGUGACAGUCGCGCCAGGGUCAGUGAGCAGGACAGGGGAACAGGGGACAGGGCACGGCCGGGCCAGCCCGUACCCUGCCGGUGCCUUCCCCGGGUUUUGGGCCGAUCAGCAGAACGCUCCCACCGCUGUUGGCGUUUCCCCGUUGCUGAAUCACGUUAUUGAUGAUUAAACUUUUUUUUUGUACCGAAACACUUAUCGAUGAUUCAUUUGUGCGAAGCAGUCGCGCUCACCUCGCCGCGUUUCUGUCCCUUAGAUGG